GCGGAGUUUCGUUGAGUUUAACGGCGCUAGUACUUCGUCUUCGUUAGACACACCAGCGCCAGUUGGACGUUUGGACGGAGUUGGAAAGGUUGUUUGGGAAAUACUCAAAAUCCAAUUUCCUCCUAUAGUGGAUUUUUCACCCCGAAUUAGCCGCAGUCUUGUCGCUAAAGUAGCCACACGGUGUCGUCGGGCUAUGUUGCAUGGGAUGCAGUGUUCUUCUGGGCAAACAGCUGGAGAUGUGGCCCAAGUGUGAUUGCCAGGGAUUGUGCGAUUUGUGCGACCAAACAAAAAUGUCGUCUGUUUGACAAAAUAUUAUCUAAGCUAGAGAGAGAGAAAAAGUUCUUUUCUGAGCGCUCUGUGGGGUAUUUUUUGGUGUUUUCUUUCACAAAGCUGGAAAAUUGGAUGUGAGAGCUUUUCCUCGUCCCAUCACAAAGGAGGGAGAGUUUGUGGAAAAAUUGAGAAUAAUUUUCUGUGUUCUGUGUGGGUGCAUUAAAUCGUGGUGAAAAUUGCACUUUUUGCAAAGAAAAAGUGAAUUAGCAACAUCAGUCACAAUUUCGGAUAACAGCGGAGCGAUUGGACCUACCCAGGAACUUGCAGAGGAGCCUCCUGCCAACAUGGUGAAGCGCACCGACGGUACAGAGUCUCCAAUUUUGGCGGAAAGUGACUCCGACAAGCCAAAAGUUAAAUAUGGAGAAUUAGUUAUUCUAGGAUACAAUGGCUUCCUACCACAAGGUGAUCGAGGGCGACGCCGAUCGAAAUUUGUGUUGUACAAGCGAGGAGAUCCAAAUGGUGUUAAACGUUCCAAACACUAUAUUGUUCAGUCGCCACAGACAUCACAGGCCAUCCUGGAUGCCAAACAACAUUCGAUCUCGUACACACUGUCCCGAAAUCAGGCGGUUAUUGUGGAAUACCAAGAAGAUCCAAACACCGAUAUGUUUCAGGUCGGUAGAUCAUCAGAAUCUCCCAUUGAUUUCGUUGUAAUGGACACCCUGCCUGGUGAUAAGAAAGACGCUAAAGUGAUGCAAAGUACAAUAUCGAGAUUCGCAUGUAGAAUUCUUGUGGAUCGAACAGAAACCUCCAAGGCAAGAAUAUAUGCAGCUGGAUUCGAUUCCAGCCGAAAUAUUUUCUUAGGGGAAAAGGCAACAAAGUGGCAGGAUAAUAUUGAGAUUGAUGGUCUGACGACAAAUGGUGUCUUAAUAAUGCAUCCAGAGGGACAAUUUUGUGGCGGUAAUGCCAAAUGCGGACUGUGGCGUGAGUGUUCAGUGGGUGGCGAUGUGUUCAGCUUGCGUGAGUCGCGAUCGGCUCAACAAAAGGGGAUACCUGUUUUCGAUGAAUCCAACAUUCUGCAGGAUGGGACAUUAAUUGAUUUAUGCGGUGCUACGCUACUGUGGCGAUCUGCUGAAGGACUCCACAAUUCACCUACCAAAAGAGACCUCGAGAAGUUAGUGGAUGAAAUCAACGCUGGACGUCCACAGUGUCCGGUUGGCCUCAACACAUUAGUGAUUCCACGGAAGGUUACUCUCGGUGAACAUGUAAACCAGCCCUAUGUGUAUUUAAAUUGUGGCCAUGUUCAAGGACACCACGAUUGGGGUCAGGACAAAAGUACCGGAGCAAGGAGGUGUCCAAUGUGUCUCGAAAUGGGUCCCGUUGUGACACUUUGCAUGGGAAUUGAACCUGCCUUCUACGUUGAUUCCGGACCACCAACUUAUGCAUUUAACCCGUGCGGUCAUAUGGCGACAGAGAAGACAGUCAAAUACUGGGCUAACGUGGACAUCCCUCAUGGCACAAAUGGUUUCCAAGCUGUGUGCCCAUUCUGUGCUACGCCUCUAGUCGGAACUCCGGGCUAUAUCAAAUUAAUUUUCCAAGAUAAUCUCGAUUGAAGUGAAUGUGUUGAGAUGAGAGCGGCGUAUGAAUGUGGUGAGUGUGUCUUUCUGUUUCUUCUGCAAAAAAAAACAACAACAACACUGUGUAUAAAAGGCUUCACACAAAAUAUCCUUCUCCUGUUGCUGGCUGAGCGAGAGAAAGAGAGGAUGGAUUUUUUGAGUUAGGAGAAGCUAUAGUUGCGAUAACAAUUGUUAAUUUAAUUAAAAAAAAAUAAAUAAAAAACAAAUAAAAGGGGGGAUCAAAAAUAAUUAAAUAAAAAUAAAUCCACGAGCAAUUGGAGAGAAGAAUCAAUGUAAAAUUCAAUUGCAUUUUGGAUUAGUAUGUGGAUUAUACUUUCAAUUUAUUGAUUUGUUUUUAAUUUCACAAUAUAAUAUCGUUUGCCAUAAAUCUUUUUUUUUUUACAUUUUAAAAGAAUUUGUGAUAUACUUCUUUUCGUCAAUUUUUUUUUAAAUAAAUAAUUAAAUAAUUGAGAAAAAGUUUUGGGAAAUUGGCUUCCAAACUUGAAAAUAAAUGCUCUGCAAUUUUUCUCCUAAUUUUUAAAGAUUUUUAAGAGCUGAAAAGAAAUGACAAAACAACCCCAUUGCACAGUAAAAAAAAUCACAAAUUAAUGUUUCGAACAAAAAGAAAUAAAAAUUUUAUUAAAGGAAGAAAAUUCAAAGAGAUUCUUUGCAAAAAAAAAAUGAAAAAUAAAUUCAAGUGUUGUAAAAAAAAGAAUUGAACAAAAACAAUUAAAAUAUUUUAAAAAUGAGAAUCUUUUAGCAAAAAGAAAAUGAAAUCCACUAUAAUGAAAAAAAUUCUCAAAUUGAUCCUGUAUGAAGAAGAAAAUGAAUCACAGAUGAAAAAAAAAUGUACAUAAAAAUUAUGAAAUAAUUAUUUUAAAUGAAUAAAUUUUAAUGAAAAAAAAGUGUUUAAGGACGACAAACGUUUCGUGCGUGUGAAGGGAGAGAGAAUGUUAUGGAAAAUAGAUGAAAGAAGAAAGAAAAUAAAACCCUGCUUAAUCUCGAUGUGAAAGAUGCAAAGUACAUGAGAAUAUCAACCACAUUUUUUAGUAUUUCCUGCACCUUCUUGUAAACAGAAAAGAUAGAAAAUACAACACAACAAAAAGAAACCAAAUGAUCCGUAAAAUAAAUCAAUGUUAUAAUUUGUUUGCGUUGAACAAAAAGAAAUGCUGUAUUAAUAAUUAUUUUAUUUUAAAGAAUUUAUUAUAUGAAAAAUGAACCCUUCCAUUGAGGGGAAACGUAGCGAGAGCAGCUCUAAAAAAAAAUAGAAGAAAGAUUUUAUUAAUUAAUAAACUAUUCUAAAGGAAUGCGAAAAAAGUUGCCGGAAAUCGUGUAAACUAAACAAAAAAAAAUGAAAGAAAAUGGAAGAAUAUAUUAAUUAAUUAAUUGAUAAAAUGUAAUUUGUAGGUCUUAAGACUGCUAUUUGAUUUAAGGUCGUUUUAAUAAAAAUCGAGAGAAAAAAAAUUGAUAAAAAAUACAAAAAAAAACGCAAAGGAGUGUGAAGAGUUAGAUGAAAAGAAGUUCGCAGGAAGAAAGUUUUACUUGAAGAGUGGAAAUAUGAUGAAGUAUUCAUUGUGUUAUUUACAUAAUGUAAUAAAUUAAAUUGAAAAAUUAA